ACCAAUAGAGGCUAGCUACCAAUCUUGAUGAUUUCAUAAAAUUUCAACUUUAUACAACUUUCUCUAUCUUAAGCCAUCUCGACAUCAUUCAUAUUCAUACUAUAUAAUAAAACUACAAUUUUUUUUCUUUUCCCUUCUCAAGUUUACCCAAAAAACUAUAGAUUAGUUAUCACUUUCAAAUAUCAAAAUUCUUAGUUCUCAACUAUGGGUGGUGACAAUACUGAGAAGAUUACCAUAAUGAUGCUAAAGGUUGAUCUUCAAUGUUCAAGCUGCUACAAACAAGUCAAAAAAAUUCUCUGCAAAUUCCCUCAAAUUCGAGACCAAGUGUAUGAUGAAAAGGCCAAUAUUAUCACAAUUACUGUAUUGUGUUGCAAUCCUGAAAAAAUUCGUGACAAAUUGUGUUGCAAAGGAGGGGGAGUAAUCAAGAGCAUUGAGAUCAAAGAGUCUCAAAAGCCUAAAGAACCGGAAAAGCCCAAAAAGCCUGAAAAGCCCGAGAAAUCGAAAGUGGUGGUGGUGGAGAAGCCUAAAGAGCCCGAAAAACCUAAAGUAGUGGUCGUGGAGAAGCCUAAAGAACCGGAGAAACCCAAAGUGGUGGUUGCAGAGAAGCCUAAAGAAUCAGAAAAACCUAAAGUAAUGGAGAAGCCUAAAGAACCCGAAAAACCUAAACCUAAAAUAGUGGCGGUGGAGAAGCCUAAAGAACCUGAAAAGCCCAAAGAACCAGAAAAGCCUAAAGAGCCAGAAAAGCCUAAGGAGGUUCAGAAGCCCAAAGAGCCCGAAAAGCCCAAAGAAGCACCUAAACCAGCACCACCAGUAGCUCUACCCCCACAACCACAACCACAACCACAACCACACUUUCCACCAGUUCCAGAACCAGUGAUCGUGAUGCCAGUCCACGGAUAUCCACACCAACCCUCUCCGGGGAUGUAUUGUUGUGGGCAAUGUUACGAAGGCUAUACCGGAGGCCCGUGUUAUCAUGAUAAUUGGUACGGAAGACCAGUACAACCACCUCCACCACCACCAUGCUACGACACAUAUUCAUACGGAUAUGGGUCCGGGCUCGGGCUCGGACCCGGGCCCAUACCGUAUGGACUCCCAAAGGGAUGUUAUGUGAACAAAUGUGACUAUUUUAGUGAAGAGAAUGCAUCUGGAUGCUCAAUUAUGUGAAUCUAAUAUGUUGGGCCAUACUAGGGCCCAUAUUACAUUUUAAUUGGGCCUUUUCACCAAAAGUCCAAAUCAAACUUUGGAUCUAUAUGGCUAUCUUUUUGUAUGUCAUUAUUAUAUAGAUUUAUUACUUAAAGAAAAUAAAUAUAUAAGUUACUUACUUUUACAAGAAAAUUUGAUAAGAGAGAAUAAUUUGGGUUACCAGAUUACUGGUUAACUGUCUUGUUACAUAAUUACUUUAAAAGUUUAUUAAUAAAAGCACUUUGUUUAUUAA